AUGAAAUUUAAAUUCUGUGGAGAACUUGAUGCACCUGAUUGGUUGCUAAGAGAAAUCAGUACACUUUCAAAGAUUACAAAUAUAAGAAUUAAAUUGUUGACAGUGCAAAUCAUAAAUAGUUUUAGUGGUGAAGAGGUUGAUUUUGAAAAAGUAGAAAAGUUGGUAAAGGAUUCUGGAUUUUUAUUGGGCGAUAUCAAGGCUUUGAUCGCAGCCCUUCAUUUUAUUAUAUUUAAUGGUGUCAAGAAUGAUGUCGAUGAUAGCAUAUUAUCAAAUGAACUUCAACAACUUGGUUUGCCAAAGGAACAUUGUGAUUCCAUUUCAAGAGCCUAUCGUGACAACAAAGAUAAAUUGAGAGCUAUAUUUAAAAAUGAUACUUUGAAAUUACCAGCAUUGGAAAAAGUGGAUUGGAGAGUCGAUUAUUUAUUAAGUUCCAAUACCAUUCCAGAAGUUAAUCAACCAAAUGUCCAAUUAAAUUUUACUGUCAAAGAUCCAACAACUGGUCAAGUUACCAAACAUCCAUUUGAAAUUAGUGCCAAGAAAUUUAAUGUAUUAUAUUAUGAAUUGAAAUCUGCAAAAGCUUUAAUGGAAACUUCAUCCUCUUCUAGUAGUUACAGUGCAAUCCACUACUAUAUCAUCACUUUUACCAAAUUAUUUGGGUUUGCAACAACUACAACAACAAUAACAACAAAAAUCAUGAUAAAAGAAAGUAGUAGUAUAAUGGAUCCUUCACGUUUACCUGAUCACUCAUCAGCAGCAGCAUCAAUACCACAACACCAUCAACAACAGCCGCAGCAUGAUUCAUCCUCGAGUACAACCAGUGGUGGAGGCAGUAGUGGACCAAAUAGUGCAGAUGAUUACAGCUCAGAUACAUGUAGUGUUAUGGAAGAAGAGUUAUUGAUGCAGUGCGAUAUUGGUGGUUUGUCACCAGAAGAAAUAGCCCAGAAAAAAGAGAGACUCAGGAAUCAAGCAGUUUUGGAAUUUGUAAAGACGGAAACAAGUUAUGUCAGAGAUUUAAAGUUGAUUGGUAAAUUAUUUAUCGAACCGGUCAAGGAAAAGAUCUCACAACAAGAUUAUCAAGAUUUAUUUGGAUGUACUGAAAAAAUAUUGAAUUUACAUAGAGACUUGUUGGUCGAAUUUGAAGCAAUCCCUGCAAAAACUCCUCAAAAUCAAAAUAUUGGUGAGGUUUUAAGUAAAUCUUUAAAUCAUAAAGAUUUUACAUCAUUAUAUGUAACACAUUGUAAACAACAAGCAACUUGUAAUAGUGUAUUUGAAAAAUUGAAAAAUAAUUCAAAGACCUUUUCCAAUUGCAUCGAAAAUGCUACACAACAUUAUCUAAGUAGAGGUUUAUCAUUUCAUAUGUUGAUCAUUAAACCAGUACAACGAAUUACAAAAUAUCCAUUAUUAUUAAAAACUCUUCUUGAAAAUACUCCAAUUGAAAAUACUGAUUAUAAAUAUUUACAAUCUUGUUCCAUUACAAUUAAUAAUGUAUUGGACGAGGUAAAUAAUCAAAAAAGAUUAAUGGAUGAAGCCAUUCAAAAUAGAAAUAAAUUAAAAGAAUUGGAAUCAACCAUUUCAACAGAAGAAGUUAAAUUGACAGAUUCACCAAUACGAAAAUUUGUAAAAGAAGGUUUAGUUUCUAAAGGAUUGGAACGUGAAUCUUUAAGAUGUAUAUUAUUAAGUGAUUCUUGUAAGAAAUACAAUGGAGGUGAUGUAUGGAGCCAGUCGUGGUUUUGA